CUCCCCCUCCCAAACACGCCUUAUUUCAUCAACCCCGUAUAAACAUAACUGUAAAUCCAAUCACCCUCUUUCUUUCGCCCUCUCUCUGUGUCGCUCAGAAAAAUGGGUACGGCGGUUCUUCGCUCGCGAAACUGUAUUCAAGAUAGGUUUCGCCACGAAACCCUAACACUCGGUCCUCAAUUAAAGUCUCAGCGCAGUUUUAAUCCUAAUUCUACUCGUGAUUCUAACCCUAGCCACGCGUUUGGUGAGUCUCGCCGGAGAAGGAGAAGCCCGGUAGGGUUCCAAGCAAGAUAUUGUCCGACAGAAUCUCGAUCUAUGGUGGCUAAGUUUCCAGCUAAGAACCUCGUCAUGGGACAGGUCAAGAUCCUGAAACGUGGCGAGACGUUGGGGCAGCCGACGAAGAAGAACUAUCGCGGUGAGGGAAAAGAGAAGGUGCUAGUGAAGACCGAAGACGAUUACGAUCUUUUUCUCGGGUCCACGGAUAGGCUGGGCCCAGAUCCCGAGACGGUGCAGAAACAGAUCAUGGUUAAUAGUGCAUUCCAGGUUGCAGAUGGCGUUUACGCCGGGUCGGGCUUCUUCGCGUCUCCGCCUCCUAGUUCGCUUCCGGUCCCUGGCUUUCUGGGGAAGAGCGGUAAGGGGGCAGCAGCAACGCUCGAUUUGCGGCGUUUGCUGAGGCUCGAUUUGGUGUAAUUUGAAUUAAGACAAAAAAAAAAAACAAGAACGGAGUCCAUGGUGCGGAAAAGGCUUGACAGAAUUUAUAAAAGAUUGAUGGUGUUGUUCCUUAUCGAUAAGAUGGAUGCUUGCAGAGUCUCAAUAAUCAUCCUUUAUUUUUUCAAGAGGAAGGAUUUUUGAGUGCAAGCAAAUCCAAGAUGGUUACGAAAGCGUUUUGGUCGGCAAUGCUUAUAUCAUUUGUCGCCAUAACGGUUAAAUCGUCUAUUGCUUGAAGAUUAGGUGCCUUUCUAAUAUGUUUCCUAAUGUUUUCUCGGUAGAAUAAUUAGGUUGCGUUGUAUGAUGUUGUCGCCUGGACAGAUCGAACUGGUCUAUUUGUGGCUUGUACUGAAAUGGGGUGUGCGUUUGUGAGUUUCUUUGAAGUUGUUUGGGUUUUAGAUUUGUAUUAGUAGCCUGAGCUGUGCUGUCAGUACUUGGUUUAGGGGAUAUUAUGUUUACUUUGAUGUAGCUCCAAUAUUUCUUGAAUAAUAUUCUAGAUUUAGUAGCA